AUGCACAAGAUAGGCCACCUUACGCGGGAGAAGAGACAGCGCCUGCGUGACAUUGCUGUGGGACGUCUGUACACCAAGGCUUCCGAGCCGCUGGUUCUCCGCCUUGCUGCCCAGAGGGCUGCGCUCCUGACGGCCUAUGGCUUGCAGCUGACGCAGCACAAGCAGGAGACAGACACUCAGACUGGCCUUCACGGAGUUUCUUUGCAGAGCCUCACCGGCGUCAACACUUCCUACCGGCUCGAGCCGCCGCUGCAUCUGCUGGUGUGCCUUUGCGACUGUCGCAUCCAGCACCAGCAGCAGCGGCAGCAGAAGCUUCAGCGCCGCUACGGCAACAACAGCAGCAGCAGUAGAUGGUACGUUGGCUAUGCCACCAGCCGCCAGCUGACUGCAACGGGGGCAGCGCGAGGCCUCAGAGAUGGUCUCUCCACCUUUCGUCGAUGCGACACCAGCAGCACAGGUAGCAGCGAUCCGCUGCAACAGCAACAGCACGCAGUGCUGCAACAUCCCCUGUACGGCGUCUCGGAUGCUGCAUGUCGCCUCCUCUCGGAAACACAGAGACUCCUCAGCCUCAAGGGCAGCGGGCCUUCACUCCCUGCUGCCGUGGCAUCCCUCUGGGGCUUCACACGCAAGCAGGAAAAAAGCAUGCCGCUGCAUGCAUCAGAGGCGGCUGCUGCUAACAGCAGCAUCACCAACGCUCAGCAGCAACAAGAGCAGUCAGUCAAGGAAACCGCAGUACACGACCCCGUGGCGGCUGCACUCGCUGCCCUCAGCAGAGAGGACUUCUGCAAAGCUCAACAAACUGCUGCCCUCGCCAUCGCAAAGGACGCUGUCAUCCGCAAGAACUUUUUCGUCGCUCCACAAAUGGAUGCUGCCAAGAACUUGCACUUUGGGACCGCCUCCAAAAGUAAAGUAGCCAAGGUUCCCGCAGGAACAGCACCAGAAAGCUCAGUUGUUGCAACGAGAGCUGCAGUCGCAACUGCUGCAGCUGCUUCCGCUCUUGAAGAUCCGAAGACCCCCAAGAGAGUAUCGCAGAAAAAUAUUAUCAGUAAAGAAGUUCUCGCUGCACCAGCAUCGGGCGACACGGAUGCGCUCAAAGAAAAAACCGUAGAGAAGAAAGCCCCCUCUCUAUGGCAUGGCGAUGCCUCUCCCCUGAGAAGCCCCUACAAAAAACAAGCGCAAGAAAGGGAGCGCAUGCUCCUCGCCACAGCUGUCUUUUCUAAAUUUGAAGAUCUACUUAGAGCCCCCACAAAUGGAACAUUGGCGAACACAUCUGAUGCUGCUCUUUGGAAGGCAGGCACCAUGCAUAGUGAUGACCAUGUGGAGUUGAAAGGGCCGUCUGGCGCUUGUGGCUGCAUUCCUCUAAGUUUAGCUCGACUCACAUGUGCCAACGCAGCACCCAAAGUGCUGUCAAAAGUGCACUGA